AUGGCGACCAGCGGCUCGGGCGAAGCUAGCCGUGCAGAGGACAUCGUGAACGCGAUCCGCAUGGGCGAGAACGAUUGCCAGGCGGUGUACAACGAAGUCUCGGUGCAGAUAGUCAAGGGGCUCAUGAUGCACCGCGAAGACCCGGAUAAAGUGGACUUUGCGAAGAGCGACUUCAUGAUGUUGGACACGGGUGUGAAGCACACGCCUACGGGUGAGGAGUUGGGCGUGUACUACGGGUUAGAUAUGGGUGGUUCGAAUGUGCGUGCGAUGCGUGUGACGUUCGACGGCAGUGGGAUGGUGCAGGCUACGACGGAGGAGAAGGUGAGCUUGGCGGAGGUUCCGUAUGCGGCGGAUUUGCCUCGGGGCGUCUUUGAUCGAAUGGCGACUGCGAGUCAGUUGUUCGAUGGAGUGGUAUGGGCCGUGAAGCGGUUGAUGCAGCGGCAUGACGAGUUGGGUACCACCAAGCCGGUGGUGGACGUAGGUUUCACAUGCUCGUUCGGGAUCCAACAGAAGACGAUCGACAAGGCAGUGUUGACGCAGUGGUCCAAGGGUUUCGAGACGGGAACGGGCACGAACGACCCGGUGGUUGGCCAGGACGUGGGCGCGAUGGUGAACGAGGCGUUCCACCGGCAGAACAUCAAUGCAAAAGUAAACUGCAUUUUGAACGACACGCUCUCGACCCUGAUUUCGGGCAACCUGAACCACGAUGGGCCACCAUGUCAAGUGGGUGCCAUUGUGGGCACGGGUUUCAACGUGUGCUACUUUGAGAAGGACGCACCACUCUUCAACUACGGCGGGAACGUCGUGAACACGGAGUGUGGCGGACUCGCGCACAGUCUGCCCCGUGUCAGCGCCGACUCUCAAGUAGACUUUAACUCCUCGAACCCCGGCCAUCAAGUCUGCGAAAAGAUGGUCAGCGGACUGUAUCUGGGAGAGUGCAUCCGCUACAUGAUGAUCGACAUCCUACAGGACCAUGCACCGCCUAGUCUGUGGGUCAAAAACUCCCUCCUGACCGCAGACGCCGCCAAAAUCUUCAAUGCCCCCGCCGCCGACAAAACUCAAGUAGCUGGCUGGUUCCAAAGAGAGCCCUCCGACACAGAACUACACACCCUCAAAGACAUCGUGGAUGCUGUCUUCACACGGUCCGCCCGCCUCGUAGGUUGCGUACUUGCCGCCUUUGCCACACGCACCAUGACUGGGCUCAAACUCGACCGACUUACCGUCGGUGUUGAUGGCUCCCUCUACGUCCUCAAUCCCAAAUACCAAAAUCUCGUCGCCGAAACCAUCCAAGAGCAACUGAGCAUGCCCCACAUCCUCCUCACAUCCGCGACCGGUGGAAGCUGCACCGGCGCCGCCCUUUUGUCCGCGUGCACCAAGGCCGGCACCAACUAA